UUAGCACUAAUAGAAGGAGAAAGCUUAGGAAUGAACAAAGAGAUGCAUAGAGUGAGACCCAAUGCAAAACCCAGAAAACUGGUCUGGGAUUUGAGGCCAAUCCAGUUGCCAAUGCCAUUACCAAUGCCAAUGCCGAGGAAACACUUCUUCACCUCCAAUACCCACCACCAAAAUCUCAUCUUUUUGCUCCUCAUCUUCCUUUCAUGUUCCACUUCUUGUGCUGCGAACAAUGAAGUUGCCUCACUGAUCUCAUGGCUCCAGACCUCUCCUUCAUCACUGCCCCAUUCCUUCUUCUCAAACUGGAACCCAUCUGACCCAAACCCUUGUAACUGGACAUACAUCACUUGUUCCUCUCAAAACUUUGUAACCCAAAUCACCAUUCAGUCCAUUGACAUAGGCCUCCCCUUCCCUUCCAAUCUUUCCUCUCUCAAAUUCCUCCAGAACCUCACCAUUUCCGGCGCUAAUCUCACCGGCACCAUCCCUCUUUCCAUUGGUGGCUGCACUUCACUAAUCUCAAUUGAUAUCAGUUCAAACAAUCUUUUUGGCAGCAUUCCCACAAGCAUUGGCCUCUUGAAAAGCCUUCAGGAUUUUGUAGUGAAUUCCAACCAGCUUUCUGGACCAAUCCCACAGGAGAUUGGUAACUGCACAAAUUUGAGGAGUCUCCUACUGUUUGAUAACCAAAUCAAUGGGGGAAUUCCUACUGAGAUAGGGAAACUUCUAAAUUUGGAAGUUUUUCGAGCAGGGGGGAACAGAGAUAUUACUGGAAACAUUCCUGAUGAGAUCGGAAACUGCCGGAAUUUGACGGUGAUUGGACUAGCUGAUACUAAAGUAUCUGGGUCCCUUCCUACUUCACUAGGAAAUCUGAAACAGCUUCAAACUUUAUCAGUAUACACUACGUUGCUUUCGGGCGAAAUUCCACCAGAAAUAGGCAACUGUUCUGAGCUCGUGGACUUGUAUUUGUACGGAAACAACCUCUCAGGUUCGAUUCCUAUACAGUUGGGUAAUCUUGAAAAUCUUGAGAAAUUGCUGUUAUGGGAAAACAAUCUUGUGGGUUCCAUUCCUGAUGAAUUAGGAAACUGCAGAAGCUUAUUGAUCAUGGAUCUUUCUUUGAAUUCUCUCUCUGGAAGCAUACCGAAGUCGUUUGGAAACUUGUCAAUGCUUGAGGAGUUGAUGCUGAGUAACAACAAUAUCUCGGGUUCAAUCCCUCCGGUUCUUUCCAAUGCCACUGCACUUGUGCAGUUGCAGCUUGACACCAAUCAGAUAUCAGGUACCAUUCCACCUGAAUUGGGGAUGCUAACAGAAUUAACUGUUUUCUUUGCUUGGCAGAACAAACUGGAGGGAAACAUUCCUUCACAAUUUUCUGGUUUGAAAAGUCUCCAAUCAAUGGACUUGUCUAACAAUUUCAUAACUGGUAGUAUUCCCCCAGGCCUAUUUCAUCUUCAGAAUCUAACAAAGUUGCUUCUGAUUUAUAACCAAAUCACCGGCUCGAUUCCACCCGAGAUAGGUAACUGUAGUUCUCUUGUUCGGCUUAGGCUCGUCGGAAACAGCAUCAGUGGUGGGGUUCCAAAAGAAAUUGGGUUCCUAUAUAGUCUCAGUUUUCUUGACAUCUCUGACAAUAAUUUCAUUGGUUCUUUGCCAAAUGAAAUCGGGAAUUGCUCAGGUUUGCAGAUGCUGAAUUUGAGCAAUAACUCAUUUGGAGGCGUUUUGCCUCUUACUCUAUCCUCUCUUACUCAGCUUGAAGUAUUGGAUGUCUCAGUUAACAAGUUUGAGGGCCAAAUACCCGGUAUCUUUGGUCAUCUUAAUUCCCUCAAUACGCUCAUUUUAAGCACAAACUCCUUCUCUGGACCAAUACCCACAUCACUUGGACUGUGUUUGAGUCUCCAGUUACUUGAUCUCAGCAGCAAUUCGCUCUUGGGCAACAUCCCUGUUGAACUAUGUCAAAUUGAAGGUCUUGAUAUUGCUUUGAAUCUGAGUUGGAAUAAACUAACAGGAGUGAUUCCAACCCAGAUUUCUGCUCUCAACAAGCUCUCCACACUUGACCUGUCUCACAACCAGUUAGGAGGCGAUUUGAUGGUUCUUUCGGGACUUGAAAACCUUGUUUCUCUCAACGUCUCCUAUAAUGACUUCACUGGUUAUCUUCCUGAUAACAAGCUGUUUCGACAAAUGUCAGCAGCUGAGUUAGAAGGGAAUGAAGGGCUGUGUACUUCGGGCCAAAAUUCAUGUUUCUUGAGCAAUUCAAAUGGAGGAACAGGGGCGGUGAAAGGUAGUAGUCAUCUUAGGCGGUCAAGGAGAAUAGAAUUGGCCGUCACAUUACUCGCUGUUUUGACCGUUGCAAUGGCGGUUGUGGGGAUAAUUGUACUUUUCAGAACUCGAGUGACUAAUGGAGAGGAAACUGACUCUGAAAUGGGAGGAGGGAAUUCGUUUCUUUGGCAGAUUAGUCCUUUCCAGAAGCUGAAUUUCUCAGUUGAACAAGUUUUGAAAUGCCUAGUCGAAUCCAAUGUGAUCGGAAAGGGAUGCUCGGGGAUGGUCUACCGUGCUGAAAUGGACACCGGGGAAGUCAUAGCAGUAAAAAAGCUAUGGCCAACAACAAUGGGUUCCAAAUACAGCUCCCAAAACAACGGAGGAGUUCGCGAUUCUUUCUCGACUGAGGUGAAGACCCUCGGCUCCAUCCGGCACAAACGCAUUGUGAAGUUUUUGGGUUGCUGUUGGAACCAAAACACAAGGCUGCUUAUGUAUGAUUACAUGCCUAAUGGGAGUUUAGGAAGUCUUUUACAUGAAAGGAGUGGGAGUUGCUUGGAAUGGGAGUUGAGGUAUAAAAUUGUGUUGGGAGCAGCACAAGGGUUAGCUUAUUUGCACCAUGAUUGCGUUCCUCCAAUCGUUCAUAGGGAUAUCAAGGCCAAUAACAUUCUCAUUGGUCUUGAAUUUGAGCCUUAUAUUGCCGAUUUUGGGCUUGCCAAGCUUGUUGAUGCUGGUGAUUUUGCUAGGUCUUCUAGUACUGUGGCUGGUUCCUAUGGCUACAUUGCUCCAGAGUAUGGCUAUAUGAUGAAGAUCACAGAGAAGAGCGACGUCUACAGCUACGGUGUGGUAGUACUAGAAGUGUUAACAGGGAAGCAACCAAUCGACCCGACAAUACCUGAUGGGCUACACAUUGUGGACUGGGUGAGGCAGAAAAAGGGUGGAAUCGAGGUUCUGGACCCGGGCCUACGAUCUAGGCCCGAAUCCGAGAUCGAGGAGAUGAUGCAGACCCUGGGGGUGGCUCUGCUUUGUGUCAACUCAUCCCCUGAUGACAGGCCAACCAUGAAGGAUGUGGCUGCGGUGCUGGAGGAAAUCAGGCAUGGGAGAGAGGAGUUUCUGAAAGUUGAUCAAAUUAUUCUUCAAGGAGAAUCCAAAGCAAGUGGCGAUGGACGAGAUGAUCAGAGGUCAAGCGGAGGUGGGACAUCAACAAAAAUAGAGGGGUUGCACUUGGGAAGUAGUAAUAAUUCAAGCUUUUCUGCAUCUUCCCUGCUUUAUUCUUCCUCCUCCAAUGCCAAAGUUGGUUUCAAAUAGUGAUUUGUUUUGGUGCAACAGUUGCAAGUUUAGUGAAAUAAAAUGGGUUUUCCCUCUCCUGUAAGUUUUUUUUUUUUUUUUUUUAAGCAAGUUGGGCUUUCGAUGUAAAAAGAGGUCAAUGUCACAUUUAGGAAGCAGGAAGAACGAUUUUUCGUGACUCGAAUUUAAGUUGGUGAUUUCUCCUGGUAGUUUUUAGUAGCUUCUCAUUCUUUUUGUUUUACCGGCUAAAAAGCUAUUGAUCUUAGUGUUUGGUUAGUGAACGCGUUACUGGGAUGC